AUGAGGAUAUAUUAUCCUGCUGAGGCUGAGGCUGAGGCUCAAGUUGAGGCUGCACGGGCCAUGGAAGCGUCCAUCAAACGUCAAACAAAGCAAGUCUUUAUGGAAGGCUUGGGAAUUUUGAAGGAUUUUAUUAAAGCAAGAAAUCCGCAUACACUAGAAAUGGCUAUCCAAGCUGCCAGGGAGGAAGAAAAAAUUAAAACCUCUUCAGUGGAAACCAAAAAACCAUAUCAACCAACGAAACGGGGAGCAGAAUCUUAUACUUCAGCCAAAAAACCGAACGGGCCGUGUCAUGUAUGCAAAAAACUUGGACAUUGGGCACGAGAUUGCAGAUACAAAAACGCAGGGAAUUCAAGUUACCAAUCGGAAACUACAGUAUCAAAAAAUAAACAGAAUACUAUUAACGUAGUUAAUUGCCUGUAA